AGCCGGUUGUCGUUUGUUUAUUUUUUUCCGCGAGUUUUGAGUUCUGACUUUGUUUCUAAUUUUAACCGUGAAAAACUGCUAAGUUAGUUAAAACAGUGGCCAUAACAUUUACAUGUUUCUUGGCGUUUAAGAGAAAAUGCCUGAGAUCAAAUUACAGCACGUUGUUUCUUGUAGCAGCGAAGACAAGAAUAAUCCUGCAGAAAAUCUGUUAAAAUCUGACGGGACUCACAAAUGGAAGAGCGCAACAUCUGGCUUAAAACAGGGGACAGUAGUUUUACAGUUUGAGAAAUCCUCCCAGAUACAGUCUAUAGAUAUCGGGAAUGAUGGUGCUGCUUUUGUUGAAAUUCUCGUUGGAAAAUCUACGGCAUCCACGGACCAAGAAUAUCAGGUGAUAUUAAUGGCAUCAACGUUUAUGACUCCCAUAGAAAGUAGAAAUGGUAAUAAUCGUAAUGCUGUCAGAAUGUUCGGGGUCGAUAAACUGUCAAAGGCUGUUGCAGGACAGAAAUGGGAUCGUGUAAAGAUUGUCUGCACACAGCCCUUUAACAAAAAUACACCAUAUGGCUUGUCUUUCAUCCGAUUUCAUUCUCCAUCGGAUGGUACAGAAGAAACACAGAAACCUAUAAAGAAACUGGGAGCUUUUACAAUAAAAUCUGAAGAUGGUGAUAAUAUAAAAGCUGGUUCACUGUUUGCUGAUCGUACAAAAGAUAAACCGACUGAGUCCACUCCAUUAAAAGGUGCCGCAGCUAUCCGAGCUGUAUCUAAGCUAGUUGAAGAGACGAGAUCACCAUCAACCAUUGAAAGAAAAACAGCAUCAACACCUUCACCUUCUGCCUCCGUCUCUACAUCAUCAUCAUCAUCAUCAUCAUCAUCUAAACCAAGUCCUUCAACUGUGAAACGUAAACACAGUGGCAGUGAUGAUGAAGAAAAAAGACCACAGAUUAAAGCUCCACUACGUAAACAAUCUACUAGUCUAUCAUCUGUUUCUAGUAAUAAAAGUCAUGAAGAUAAAGCACCACCUCUAAAAAAGAUUAAAUCUGAACCAGUAAAACAGUCCCCAAUAAAAGAGUUUAGUAAAUUAAUGGAGAAAGUAAUAUUUGCUAUGAGUGGUUAUCAGAAUCCAUAUCGAGGAGAAUUACGUGAUAAAGCUCUAGAAAUGGGAGGAACAUAUAAACCUGAUUGGGGACGCGGUUGUACUCAUUUAAUAUGUGCCUUUCCUAACACACCUAAAUAUAACCAGGUAAAAGAUACUAAAGGUAAUAAUACAUGA